GUAAAAUGUACCAUCUGUUUGGCAGUAGAUUGUUUUCUGAUAAAAAAAAAUCAAUCUAUUGAUGCUUUUGCUGUGUUGUAUGCAAUCUGCACAUUUGCAAAAUCAUUCAUUAUGGAGAGACAAUAUGUACAAUUCAACCUAACUAAUAUAAUAAAAAAUAUAUUUUUCUUUGAUUUCAUUUUGUUAUUUAUUUGUUUUGAAACAUAAUUUGUCCUCCAAACAAAAAAAGAAGGAAGCUCUUUCACUCAUGUUCAAACCAUAUUUGAGAAAGAAAAAAAAAAAAAAUUAAUUAGUAAUUUUUCUCCCUAAAUUUUGACAUGUAGUAAAUCGUGCCAUCUGAACUUUUUUGACCGUUAAAAAUUCCCCUAAACUAUUGAAAUUGUUAAAUUUAAGGACUUCUGUCCAAUUUCAUUCAAUUUUACUGUUUCAUGUACUAAACUAUGCUCCCCAGACUUUGAUGUCUACCAAAUCAUGCCCCUUAAACUUUAAUAUGUACUAAAUGCCCCUUGAAUUUUUAUCCAUGUUAGAAUUUUUUUACUAAAAUUAGACAAAAGUCCUUAAAUUUAACAAUCUUAAUAGUUCAGGGAGAAUUUUUAACGGCCAAAAAAAUUCAAAGACAUGAUUUAGUACAUGUCAAAGUUCAGGGAAAAAAUUACAAAUUAGCAAAAAAAAAAAAAAAAAUAAAAAAUAAAAAAAUACACAUAUUUGAGAUAUAUCUACGAAGAAGACAAAAAUGACCGAAAGAUAUCUAAAGCAGGCAAAAGUGAAACCACAUAGUCUGAUAUGAAAGAAAGCCUUUCCUCGCGAGGGCACAAAGAAUUAUCUCAUAUGUGAUGUUGGUUUUCCCUGCUUCCCAAACUCUCCAACCACCCUUCUUCCCCACCCACUUCAAUUACCUUGCUCCUCAUAACUGUCAAAAACUGCCAAUUUGUUCCUUAUCCUUACAGCAUUCUGUCUCUACUGCCAAACACAGUGGUGAUAAGAACAAGUUGAUUCAGUCUCUUUGUAAACAGGGCAACCUUAAACAAGCCCUUCAACUCCUUCCUCACGAGCCAAACCCAACCCAACUCACCUACGAGCUCUUAAUCUUCUCCUGCAUACGCCGUAAUUCUCUCUCUGAUGGGCUCGUCGUUUAUCGCCACCUCCUCGAUGAUGGGUCGGACCAAGAUCCUUUCCUUGCCACCAAACUUAUCAAUAUGUACUCGGAAUUGGACUCCAUAGAUACUGCGCGCCAGGUGUUUGAUAAUACUAAGAAGAGAACUAUCUAUGUAUGGAAUGCAAUUUUCAGAGCUCUGACUUUGGCAGGUUAUGGGAUAGAAGUUUUCGACUUGUACCGUCAGAUGAAUUGGUCUGGCACUCGCUCUGAUAGGUUUACUUAUACGUAUAUAUUGAAAGCUUGUGUUGCUUCAGAGUGUUCGGUUUCUCUGCUUCAGAGAGGUAAGGAGAUUCAUGGUCAUAUUCUUCGUCAUGGGUUUGAGUCUUAUGUUCAUAUUAUGACUACUUUAGUGGACGUGUAUGCUAGAUUUGGGUGUGUUUCAUAUGCAAGUUACGUGUUUGGUGAAAUGUCAACUAGAAAUGUUGUGACUUGGAGUGCUAUGAUUGCUUGUUAUGUGAAAAAUGAAAGACCUUUUGAAGCUUUGGAGCUUUUUAGAGAAAUGAUAGCCGAGACUGGUGAUUCAUUUCCCAAUUCAGUCACAAUGGUUAGCAUUCUGCAAGCUUGUGGUGCGCUUGCUGCUCUUGAGCAAGGGAAGUUGAUCCAUGGAUACAUACUUAGAAGGGGACUUGAUUCUAUCAUGCCAGUUAUGAGCACCCUUCUUUCUAUGUAUGCAAGAUGUGGUAAGCUUGAACUUGGGCAACAUGUUUUCAAUCAAAUGGAUAAGCGGGAUAUUGUUUCCUGGAAUUCGUUGAUCUCAAGUUAUGGGAUCCAUGGACAUGGGCAAAAGGCAAUUCAAGUUUUCAAGGAUAUGAUCUCCCAUGGAGUAUCACCAAAUCAUAUAUCAUUUAUUAGUGUUUUGGGGGCUUGUAGUCAUGCUGGUCUUGUUAUGGAGGGCAAGAAACUAUUUGACUCCAUGGUUAGAGAACACGGGAUGUAUCCUAGUAUGGAGCACUAUGCUUGUUUGGUUGAUCUUCUUGGCCGAGCCAAUCUACUAGAUGAAGCAGCCAAAGUUAUAGAGGAUAUGCGAAUAGAGCCGGGGCCAAAAGUUUGGGGUGCUCUUCUUGGCUCUUGCAAGAUUCAUUGUAAUGUUGAACUUGCAGAGAGAGCAUGUAAAAGGCUAUUUGAGUUGGAGCCUAGAAAUGCUGGGAAUUAUGUGCUUCUAGCUGAUAUAUAUGCUGAAGCAGGUAUGUGGGAUGAAGUAAAAAGAGUAAAGCGGCUUUCAGAAGUUAGAAAGCUACAAAAGGUCCCAGGUUGUUGUUGGGUGGAAGUUAAAAAAAAAGUCUACUCAUUCAUGUCUGUUGAUGAGUUUAACCCGCAGAGCGAACUGGUUCAUGCUUUGUUGGUGAAUUUGUCAUCAGAGGUGAAGGAGAUGGGAUAUGUGCCUCAAACUCAAAUCGUGCUGUAUGAUCUUGAGGAGGAAGAGAAAGAGCGUAUUCUAUUAGGCCAUAGUGAAAAAUUAGCUGUUGCAUUUGGACUAAUCAAUACUAACAGUAACAGAGAAACUAUUAGAAUCUCCAAGAACUUGAGGCUAUGUGAAGACUGUCAUUCUUUUACAAAGAUCAUUUCCAAGUUUGCAGACCGAGAGAUUGUUGUCCGAGACGUGAAUCGUUUCCACCAUUUUCGAGAUGGGGCUUGUUCAUGUGGGGACUACUGGUAGUUCUAUGUUUAGUUGUUGUUCAAACUUGUAAUUAUGUCCUUGUUUAAAGAAAAAAAAAAUGAAACAAGACAGACGUUCUUUAUAUGCUGUAUACUACUUUAACAAAGUUUUGUUAGGCUCACACGUUGAUUUGAAAUCAAAGUUUUAAUUUCUUA